AUGGCGCGUAAAGGCCCUGGUACAGAUGGCCCUCUACAGACAGCCCUACUGGAAUCCACGUCCGCAGCCACGACAAGAGCUUCUGAAGGACAGAAGAUCUUCAGCCCUAUAGCUGCAUUCCUCGAUAAACACCGCAGCCAAACCACCGGCCUGGCCCCUCACCUACUGAGAGCCCUCACCGCUCUAAGCGAUGACCUCGCCUCAGUAGCCCAACGACAUUUUAGCACCUAUAUCAGCGGUCUUGAACAGUCGACUUAUGCGACUAUUACCCAAUAUGCCCUGGUCAAAUCAACUCCUACUACUCACUCCAAAGCCUAUGUUAAAAAGCCUAUACCUCUGGUGAAACAACCCCUUCCUGACAACCGGCUCUUCGUACGCCUCCCAGCUGACCAUGCAGCUAGAAAAAUGGAAGCCUACGCUAUCUACUCUAGCCUACGGUCUCAACUAAACUCAAACAGUUUAGCACUAAAAGAAGUUCAAGUCAUAAAGACUGGUUUUGCACUAUGUCCCUCAUCCCCAGAAGCCCUCCUAACCCUUGAGGUCUAA